AUGCGUCGUCUGUUGUGCACUGCGCUGCUCUUGCUGUGUUGUGCCUACGGGUGCAUUGCAGCUGUUGUGCAGCCGCUACCGCAGAAAGGACAGGGUCCCUGGGAUACGUACAUUGUGUCUGCUCCGAAAGGUAGUAUUGACAAGAGUGGAAAGAAUUGGCAACCCAUUCGUUUUGCUGUUUCUGCCAAAGAAAUUGAUAGGGUGUUGAAGUACUGUGAACAGUGGAAAAAGGAUCCUUGGGCUAAAGACAUAUAUGAUGAGGAUUAUGGAUUUAUACUUGAGGUUGCCAAACACAAAGAUGAGUUCUGUUAUGAAGAAGAGAAAACCAAAAUGACAGAUGUAAAGAAAAGUACGCUUUUAAGAAAAGUUCUCCCUGCUGCUCUCAAACUACACAGUGAACGUCUGAGUGUUGAUCGUGUGGAGAAGUUGGAGUUACCUUUUAAUAAGACGGAGAAGGAGUAUCCAGUUUUGCCUCUUUGCACAAAUGUCUCAAUUCCCAAAGAGCAUCAACAAGGUAUAUCCAACGCUGAUUUUAUGUUGUAUGUGGGUGUUACAACAUCAGCUGACUCAACUAACAGCGUUAAGAUUUGCAGUAAGAAUACAGAGGGUCGUCCUACAUCCGCUUUGAUUAAAUUCAUCCCCAUAGAAAUAGAUGCAACGAGGUACUUCAUUCGCUUUACUGCACAUGAGGUUGCACAUGCUCUUGGGUUUGAAAUUGAAAUGAUGAAGAAGUAUAUGGAGAUCAAAGAAGAAAAAACAGGCAAGAAGGAAGUCCAAUUGGUGGCAUCCAACGCUCUUAUUGAUAAGAUGAAGGAACAGUACAAAUGUCCGAGUGAUGAGGGUAAUGCUGAAAUAAAAGGAAUGCCUUUGCAAAGCAAGGCGUCUCAAACGAACCCACCACAUUGGAAGGGUCUUAUUGCGAAAGAUGAGUUGAUGAGUCCGUACACCUCUGAGCCUGGCGUCAAAGAUGUCAAUGGGGCGUACUAUACAUCACUAACACUUGCUGUAUUUGAUUCUAUGCCAUUCUACAAGGCCGACUUCAACAUGGCAGAAUCAAUGAGUUGGGGUAAGAAUGUUGGUUGUGAUUUUCUGAAGGGUGAAGAACAAAUGAAAAGCGGAAUAAUUGACAAUAACACCGAAAUGUUCUGCAAGGAAGUCAAGUCUUCUCUGCAAUGCACUUCUGAUCGUUUUUCACUUGGAAUGUGCUCGAAGGAUCCUGGGAAAGGGGUGCAGAUACCUGAUGAGUAUUUUUCUUUAUUUACCCCAAUUCUCAAAGACACUGAUGAUGACCUGAUGGAUGGUUAUCCCAUUAUUAAACCGUUUAUUACAACAAGUUGUGAGGAGGGCACGGUGGAGUACAUGCCUGGCAGUAUUGUGAGCAACAUCUCCCGAUGUCUGAAAGGUGUGGGUCUGCAGCUAAGAGAACAAAACGUAAAGAAAAAACAUCUGCUUGUUGGUGAUAUUUGUGCAGAUGUGAAAUGUGAUGAUAACAAAGUACAUAUCCGCUACAAGGGCAAUGACAGUUGGCACGUGUGUAAUGAAGAGAACAGUGUCAUAACCCCCGCAAAAGACUCGGCAUUCAGCAGCGGAACCAUACAGUGCCCCAAAUACUCUGAAGUUUGCAAUGAGAAGAAGAAAUCCACUGAAUUCACCAUCGUGUACGACGAAGGUGAGGAAGAGAAACUAAAGAGAGAGGAGGAGCAGGAGAAAGACGAAAUGGAAGUAGAGGCACAGGAAGCAGAAACGGAUCAGAAAAAGAAAGAACAAGAAGCAAAAAAUAAAAUGGAGGAAGACAACCACAAAAUGGAAGAAAAAGAACAAUUGGUGGAAGAGCGAAGUCAAGUAAAUACCAACUCACAACAAGUACCUCCAUUACCAGCUGAUGGUAAGAUGAAAGAGAAUCAAUCAAAGCCUGCGGAGCAGUCUGCUCUUGACACCAGUGGAAAACAAUCUCCUGCACCAUCAAAUGCCGGAAACCAAGGGGAUUCAGCUGGAGUGGGUCAAGAGGAUGUUUCACUUCCAGCGUCUCCCGAACCACGAGCUGCGAAUGAGGAGAACCGAGCUCAGGACAGUAACAUCAACAACAGCAGCGGUGCACUUCCACAGGAACCCUCUAUACCAGCACCAAAGGGGCCCAACUCUGAGGCCUCCAAGGAGGUUUCUUCUGAAACCACUGAGACACCCAAGCCUGUCAAAACUGAACCCAAUGCUGUUUCGGAGCAAACUUCUACCAUAAAGGAUGAGGAUAAGAAAAAUAAAACGGAAAACAUUGAACAAGUGCAAGAAACAAUAACACAGUCUCAACCUCAAAAUGGGAACGAUGAAGGAAUAAAUACCACAGUUGAUACAACUCUUGAUCCAAACAGUCCUGCCACCGAUAAUGAGAAGGAAGGCGGUGUGAAUGCUGACAACAACACAACUAACACAACAACGAGCAUACCAGAGAAUGUAAGCGCAUCUGCUGUUCCUGCCACUUUGACAGAACUAAACAAGACUCAGAUGGGACAAGUAAUAAACCAGGUGGGU